AUUUGAUACUCAAUUUGACCCAAAGAAUUUAUAUCCAAAUAAUUCAUCUUCUUUUCCUCCCUACUAACCCAUCUCCCCUCCUACCCAUCUACAUAACCCAGACCGAGACAAGAAUUAGGGCACCCCGAGCAUGUGACAUUUCUUAUCGCGAUAACAAAUUUCUCCAACUCCGCAUCGUCUCUCCAACCAACAAACAUCUCGCAUCUCGCAUCUCCCAAAUGCCCUCAUAACCAAUCCUCCCCCAAUCAAAAACAAAACCAGAACCAGACCAUAAUAAAAUGACAACCCCAACCCCAUCAACAAAACCCCCCAAAACCCACAUCGCCCAAACCCUCCUCUCCCGCGCCCACUCCCCCGACACAGCAGCCGACCUCUUCGCCGACCGCAUCAAACAGAAACCGCUCUACCUGCGCCCGACCUCGCCCACGCCGGCCGACAACCGCGACCGCCGGCGCCACCACCGUCUCCGCAAGAAAGAGUACUUCCUGCGCAAGCAGAAGCCGCGGGCGCUGUCUGCUCGCGAGAAGCGCGCGAGUGGGAUUUACGAUCUCACCACUUCUACUUCAGAGGCGGAGGCGGGGGCAGGGAAGAGCGAGUGCAAAUAUGAGAUCUUCAAGACGCUGAAUGGGCUCUGGGCCGGGUAUAUGCAGGAGAUACUGGAUUUGAAGGAGGAGGGGGGUGCGGGGAGGAAUGUGGGCGCGGUGGUCACGCCGCUGUCGCAUGGGAGUAAGUUGGCGAGUGCGGACUUUCAUGGCGCGGAGGUGCAGGUGGUUCGGAGUCGGUGUCAGGGGAGAGUCGGGGUGAAGGGGAUUGUGGUGAGGGAUACGAAGUUUACGUUUGUGGUUGUUACGGAGGGGGAUGUGGUUAAGACCAUUCCGAAAGAACAGACGAUAUUUCGGUUUACGGUGCCGUUGCCGGAGUCGAAGGGCUCUGUCGAGUCAGACGCCCAGAAGGAUGAGAAUGCCGAAAAGAAAGAGCUCACGUUCGAGUUGCAUGGAAGUCAAUUCCUGAACCGGCCUGUCGAUCGCGCAAACAAGAAGUUCAAAUGGCGCAACGUGGAGUAUCUCUGAGUUGUGGUCGUUUUGUCUUGCUUAUUGGUUGAGGACUUCCAAAGACGAUGAGUCCGUCAUAUCAUUUGAGAAAGAUCAGACCGUGAAAUAAAUGAGCCUGCUCUCGAGACGGGCUGAUAUACCCUGAUGUAUGCACUAGUGCGCCUGCAUGAGCUCCGCGCCGUCGUGGCGACCUGCCAUAACAGCCAUCCUGCGGACAUUGGCCGGGUACACUGGCAGGGUCGCCUAAUGGCACCAGCAACAGCCACAUGGCACAUACUACACUGCGACGGCGACGCUUCUUGA